AUGAAGAUAAUUUGUGCAGGUGUGGGAAAAACGGGUACCAAAUCCAUCGCCAAAGCCUUGCGUCAUCUUGGAUUCACUGUUUUUGACUGGGAAGAGCAAACAUUUGAUUUCCAAGACCACUGGGUCGAUGUUUUCCAAAAUGGCGCCAAGUUAGAUGUGAAGAGAGUCUACCAACAUGCUGACGCGGUCGUGGACUCUCCCGGAAGUUUUUUCUGGGAGGAAAUACUGGAAGCUUAUCCUGAUAGUAAAGUGAUUUUAAGCGAAAGAGAAGAAGAUUCUUGGUUGAAGAGUAUGGUCAAUCAACUUCAAGUCAUCGAGGCAGUGAAAUCUCGCAGGUUUUUGUGUGUUCUCUCCCCAACUUCAAGAAAAGGGUUCUUUGUUUUAUAUUCUAUUUUUAACGCUUUUCUUGGGACUGCAAACCCCAAGUCAGCUUGUAUCUUGCGUAAGCGAUACCGUGAGCACAAUCACCGCGUUAAGUCGCUUGUUCCACCAGAGAAGCUGUUGGGGCGUGUACAACGUGAAGCAAAGUUGGAAACCGCUGUGUGA